AUGUCUUCUACUCCUCCUGACAGUCCAAAGAACUCCAAUAAUGAAGGUCCUAAGAAAGAAAACCGUGGCAAUGAAGCCACUGAUCCUACCAUGAAACCAUCAAGUCCCUUCUUCAUUCAUCCUAGUGAAGGACCCUCCUCUAUCUCCAUAACCCCUAUCCUUGAUGGCACAAACUAUCAGUCUUGGUCUCGUGCCAUUAAAAUGGCUUUAAUCUCAAAAAACAAGAUUGCUUUCUUGUUAGGCACCAUUCCUGUUCCUGAGGUUGAAGAACCUCUUUAUUCUGCUUGGGAAAGGUGCGAUCUCCUCAUACUCGCAGAGCUCCAGGAAGAAAUAUAUGGACUUUCUCAAAGAACUCGUCCUGUCUCUAAGUUCUACACCGCACUGAAUACCCUCUGGGAAGAACUCGAUAACUACAGACUCUUUUCUUCUUGCUCGUGUCCUGCAAAAACUUACCACCAACAGGAUUUCAUAAUCCGAUUCCUCAAAUGUUUGGACGAGCGCUUCUCUAUUGUGCAUUCCCAAAUCCUUUUGAUGGAUCCUCUCCCCGCUAUCAACCGCACCUUCUCCAUGGUUGCCCAACAGGAACGACAACUCGCUUUGUCUUCGCCUACUGAGCCCAACGCCUUUAUGAACGCAACUAAUCACUCUUUCUCCGGCAAAGGGCGUGGCUUUGGUCCUUCUUCCGCUGUCAAAGGAGUCUCCAACAAGAAAUGCUCCUACUGUCACCGUCCUAGACACACCAUUGACGUGUGUUGGGGAAAACAUGACUAUCCCCCUGGCCAUCCUCGAUACCUAGGGAGGCCAAAGUUCAACCGCGAUGCCUCUGGUUCUUCCUCCAUCAACCACGCAGUUGUGAUUGAACCAAUUGAGGGAGGCAACGGUUCAGAGAAGGAGGAAGGCCCCAUCACAUUGACCCAGACCCAAUAUCAAACCCUGAUGUCUUUGCUCCAACCACAGCAACAAAAAAAUGCUUCUGAUGACAAGCGUACAUUGGGGAUGAUUGGUUUGGCUAAUCUUCAACAAGGUCUCUAUCAUCUACAAGUCAAUAAAGAAGCCAAGAUUCUUUCACCAAAAAAACCUUCCAUUAAUGAAAGUGCUACCAAUGUCGUCUCAAACUCCAACCUUUGGCAUUAUAGAUUAUGA